AUGGUAACUGUUGUCUCUGGUGCUGCUGUAACUUCUGUUCCUGGUGCUGUUGUAACUGCUGUCCCUGGUGCUGUUGUAACUGCUGUUCCUGGUGUUGUUGUAACUGUUGUCCCUUUUGCUGUUGUACCAACUGAUCCUGGUGGUGUUGUAACUACUGUCCCUGGUGCUGUUGUAAUUAAUGUCCCUGCUGCUGUUGUAACUGUUGUCCCUGGUACUGUUAUAAUUCCUGUCCCUGGUGCUGUUGUAACUGCUGUCCCUGAUGCUGCUGUGACUGCUGUGCCUGGUGCUGUUGUCCCUGGUGCUGUUGAAACUGCUGUCCCUGGUCCUGUUGUGGCUGCUGUCCCUGAUGCUGCAGUACCUACUUUCUCUGGUGUUGUUGUUACUGUUGUCCCUGGUGCUGCUGUACCUGCUGUUCCUGGUGCUGUUGUAAAUGUUGUCCCUGGUCCUGUUGCAACCACUGUCCCUGGUGUUGUUGUAACUGCCGUCCCUGGUGCUGUUGUAAUUCCUGUCCCUCGUGCUGUUGUAACAGUUGUCCCUGGUGCUGUUGUAAUCCCUGUCACUGUUGCUGUUGAAACUGCUGUCCCUGGUGCUGUUGUAAUUCCUGACCCUGGUGCUGUUGUAACUGUACUCCCUGGUGUUGUUGUAACUACUGUCCCUGGUGCUACUGUAAUUUCUAUCCCUGCUGUCCCUGGUGCUGUUGUUACUGUUGUCCCUGGUGCGGCUGUAGCUGCUGUCCCUGGUGCUGUUGUUACUGCUGUCCCUGGAGCUGUUGUUGCUAAUGUCCCUGGUGCUGAUGUUACUUCUCUCCCUGGUGCUGUUGUCACUGUUGUCCCUGGUGCUGUUGUCACUGUUGUCCAUGGUGCUGCUGUAAUUGAUGCCCCUGGUAUUGCUGUAACUGUUGUCCCUGGUGCUGCUGUAGCUGCUGUCCCUGGUGCUGUUGUUACUGCUAUCCCUGGAGCUGUUGUUGCUAAUGUCCCUGUUGCUGAUGUUACUACUGUCCCUGGUACUGUUGUCACUGUUGUCCCUGGUGCUGCUGUAACUGUUGUUAUUCCUGUCCCUGUUGCUGUUGUAACUCCUGUCCCUGGUGCUGCUGUUACUGUUGUCCCUGGUGCUAUUGAAACUGUUGUCCCUGGUGCUGUUCUGCUGUCCGUGGUGGUGUUGUAA